CAGUUUGAUUGAUGCACGGUUUCCCGCUUCAGGGAGGGUCUUUUUUUCUUAUUUGACAGUGACUAUCCCAAGGGUGGGAAAUUUGACGUCACCUCAAUGAAAAAUGUCAAAUACCAUCUGGGUUUGACCAAAGUAUGUCACUUUGACUAUAGAGCCUCGUUUUUGUGUAUCUGACAUCAGUUAAAGCCCAUGUCUCCAUUCACGGAAAUUUGGGGGGGGGGGAGGAGGGGAAAAUUUUACCACUGUACCAUACCGAAAUUACACGUUUUUGACCAAAUUUUUUUAAAAAACUUAGAAAUUUCCAAACAAAAAGGGCACCUUUGAUGUUAAUUUAGUAUUUACAGCGACAUUAGCUUCUACAAAAAGGGCACUUUUCAUCACAAAAAAGGGCACUUUUCAUCACAAAAAAGGGCACUUUUCAUCACAAAAAAGGGCACUUUUAGUCCUUUGGAAAAAAUUGGGGGCACAUGUCCCCUGUGCCCCCCCCCCCGGUUCCUACGCCCCUGCUGGAGAAUGACCAAUGGAAUAAAAACAGUAAAGUUUUGAAAUGAAAACAAGCAUGGCACAUACCACACAACUAAUUACAAAUAUAUGAAUCAUAACUUUACCAGGUUAUUGUCACGUGCAGAUCCUUUAUAUUCAAUUCUUGGACAAGGAAUUUGGACAGUUGAAGAUGAUUCUUCGACAGAUGAGGAAAAUCCUGAAAAAAUCAAAGAAGGUAGUUUGUUGUGUUAUGCUGUUCUUUUACUUUCCUUGUGAACUGGUGGAUUGUUUAAAUUUUUUUUAUUUUAGAUUAUGUAGACUCAGAUUCAACUGAAUUGCAAGUAUGGUAUUUAGUUUUGUUGUACAGUAGUAUGCAUAUGGUAAUUCCUAGAAACACUUUGUAAUUGACAAUGUAGAUGUCUAGUCUCCACAGUGGCACUGCCAGGAUCUUAUUUUGGGGGGCCAACUUAAUAAUUUGUGAGCCACAUUUCUAGAGGGGUCCAUGGGCAUGUCUGCAUGCUCCAAUGAAAAAAGGGUGGCCACCUUCCUUUGCCCCACCCCCUUGGCAGUUGUGUCCAAGAGCAAGAUAUAUAGCCUGUAUGAUACUGACUAAACUAGAUAUUCAGUGUGUUGUGGUCUAAUCAAAGUCUGUGCAAAAUCUAAAAUGGUGGGUGCCAUUAAUACACAGGCUGCUCUUUCCACAUUUUGCAGGUUUCUGAGUGUGUGUGUGAUGUAUUGAUGUAACUAGUUACCUUAUGUAAAAAUUUUGUCGAAAAGUUUAAAUUUGCUCCAAUUUUCAUCCAGUUUGUUCCAAGUUUCAAGUAGUUGUUCACACACAGAACCCAACAAAUUGAGUUUUGUAUUCUUUGCUGCCUACAUUCAAGACUGCACUUUUUCCACUAAGUCUAAGUGGAGUUAAUUCCAGUUGACUCAUCUAGGAGUAUGGCCGGCUUACUGAAAGAAACUAACUUACGAUGGACUAUAUACGUAAACGUCUCACAUCUUGUCAACAAGUGGGGAACGCGGUUGUUUGAACUUUGAAGGAAUUUGCCAUGUCUAUCCCAGUUUAACACACUACAAUUGAUUAGCACUGACACUUAAUUGCCUGAUCGGCUCAUUUGUCACCUGUAAAUGAUUCACUUUUAGUAUGUAUUGUUCAAACAGGGAGGAACUAGUUCUGCCCAAGCAACUCUACUUGGACGGAAUGAAGUUAAACACAAUUAUGUCAAUGUUUGGAAGCACAUUCGAAAUGUAAGUUGCUGGAGAAGCGAACUCAACGUGUUUGCCGUUUCGAUCUAAAUUGGGCUUUAAUGUCCGCGCAAUCUUUGCAACUUUAAACCACGAUAUUAAAUAAAAUGAUAGAAAGCAAAUGUAGACAAAGUUUAAACCAUACCAAUUUUCAUCUCGAAGCAACGUCCACGAGGUAACUUCAGUGUGCUUGUAACCAAAGGCGACAACGCCACCCAUGAGGUUUAAAAGUACCACAGACUGUACCUAUUUGUUACAAAUUAACUUUCGACUGCCACUCUGCAGUCUUCGACGGGUAGAUUAAUAAUGCAUAUCUUGUAUCUCUAGCGCAUUGUUAAUCUGCCCGUCGAAGGCUGCAGACUGGCCAAGUCGGAAGCUUGUAACAAGUAAAUAUCUUUAACCAGAGAACGUUUACACAAUUAACUAUAAAUCCUGGUUUCGCCUCCAACGUUUUUACAUACCACUGACACUGUACCAUUUCAUACAUAUAAAUACAGUAUUGACCUUCGCCUGACUUUUAGUUAGUAUUUCAAGUUAGCAAGGACAGUUUUUAAUGGAUAUCGUAACAGAUAUAAAAAGUUGAAAGACAUACAAUUUGUAACUAGCCUAUAAAUGUAGUGGACUGCGCACGGUCCUUUCAGAAUCAUGAUCACGUAAAAUGAAUACUAAUAAGCCACGGAACUUAAGUAUUAUUUAAAACACGAGCAGGAGUGCUUUAUCAGAUAUAAAAUACGAGAGUGCAGCACUUUAAAAUCCUACCGUGGGAACUGUAUAGGCAGCAUCGUAUAGGGUGCAAGGCUUACCAAGACAAAGCAGUAUUAUUUUGCGUUUCAUUCUGUUCUGAUCUAACGCUUAUCAUGCGUUUUUGCAUGACAAUACCUACAAUGCUUGGCGAAAUAUUCACAACGUAAUUGUUAUAUGAAGUAAUUUUUGUUCUUGCAACGCAACUUCUGGCAUAGAAAAUAAUUUAGCAUGAUAUUUAUUUUUAUAGCGGGAAAUGGGGCUGGACACAAAAAGCAAACGUUCGAUGGGAUUCUCCGAACCCGAAAAGUCUAGGGUGUUUUCAAGGUAUAGAAGUUACAGUACUCAUUAAAAUAUUUAACCAUAGAACCCUCCCCCAAAAACCCCUGAUUUUUCUUGCUGAUCAUGAUUUUGCUGCUAUGGUAUAAAGAUAAAAUAAUUAUCCGAUUUUUAGUCUGUCUAUAACAUUUUUCAAUCAUGAGCAAGAAAAAUUAAUGAUUUGCCUGCAUGGUUUUCUUGAAGGUAUUUGCCUAACGCAGUAAAAGAAGUUGUACAAAAUUCCGCGAAGGUUUUUUGUGGCAGUUACUCUCAAGAUGGUUCUGUGUUUAUGAGUGCAAGUCAAGGUAUGCAGUACCUUCCUCACCAAAUACAAGUGAAAGUUUAGCGAAAUAAGAUGGAUCAGUUACUGAAGAAAAAUGUUUUUCUUGUCAAAAAGUCAAUAGUUUUUUUACUCCACCUCAAAUAUCAAUUAAAAAUACCAGAUUGUCAUAUCAAACUGUAUGAAACAAGCAGUGGAAAAUUGAAAGAGUUUCAGGAUGUCGUUGCACAGAAUGUUGGUUGGAGUAUUGUUGAUACAGCUUACAGGUAGGACAGUUUGUUUAAUCUUUGAGGUGUGUCGGAAAAGAUUGCUCAUGGAUUCAAGAGAAAGAAGAAGCCUUAUAAAACUCUGAUCAAACGAGAGUGCGAGUUAACGAGAGUUGAUGACAGUUGCAACUCUCGUUUGUGUUUGACCACCAACUCUCAUCGACAAUCAUCCAUGCACUCCAGUCUUAUCAACUUUGAGCAGGUUCAAAUUUGAUGAGAAUCGAUGAUAGGUUUUCCUGCGAGCGCGGUAAUAUCCAGUCAACAUACAUUGACUAAGGCUGCGUAGCAGGCGUUUAGUGCGGGUGACGCGUAAUGUUUUAUUGAAGGGCGCGGGUCAAUGAUGCGUCCGACUAUCAAUGAGGAGUCCGACUGUCUGUCGUCGAGGCCCUCUCUUCUCCCACCCGCACUAAACGCCUGCUACGCAGGCUAACAUUUACAGUACUAGGCCAUUAUCAGUCUUUAUAUUAUCAACCAGAGAAACUUUAUACAUACUGUAAAUCAUUGACUAUUUGUUUUGCAGUCAUGACCAGAGACAUUUGAUCUAUUCAAGUUGGUCGUCAGACAGUAAGUGGACCGUAGUGUACGUAGGCGUACGGGGUUGGGAGGGGGUAUAGGUGUUCCAAACUUAAGUAGAAAUGGAAAGAAAAUUCGGCACUUCCUACCCAAGAAUCGGACCAUUUUGUUGGGAAGUCCAUAUCGUUAGUUUUGCCUGGAUUAUAUCAACUAUUGAAUGCACAAGUAAGCACUAUCCCUUUAAUUGUAAGGCGCAAAUUGUUAGAUGUUGAAAUUUCAGACUACGACGUCGGGCAAAGUAGUAUCCCCCCUACCCAGAUUUUUCUCACUGAUACGCUGGUUUUACUUGUAUGCUAUAUAGUGUAUUUGUUUCUUGGAGUAUCAUUAACAUAUAUGCUUGGUUACCUUUGUUCCAGUCUAUGCUACAUUAUUUGAACGGCUGUGCAUUGUAUAACAAGCCAUUUCAGUUAUCAGAAUAGUUGUAUGGCCUACUAUGGGUGGCAACAGACAAAAUAAACAUGUGUUAGCGGACCAAAAUAAUGAAAAUAUAAUUAUUAUUCGUAUCAUGUUUUCACAGUUUAUCUCUGUGACAUUGCUGGAGGAUAUGAAAGGUCGCACGUUGCACUUCAUAUGAGGUUUGUGUGAGCACUGUUGUAUACGAAAGCCGGAUAGCGCUGUCGACUGGAUAGUGAUUUUUACAAGCCUCCUUAAACCAACCGUUGAUUGGUAUAGCCCAAAUUAAACUUUAUUUUAUAAAAAUUACAAUAAGUUUCCUUUUAGUCAUUGGGAUCCAUAUCACCUUUGGAGAAUGUUUACAACGGUUGAAUCACUAUUCGGCGAAUAUCGCCAUCCGAUCGUUUGACAUUUGAAAACCGGCCCAUUUGACAUUUGAAAGGUUGCUUAUUUUCUAGCUUAUUUAACAAACUCGUAUAAUUUGCCUUUAGACCGUCAAUUCACAGUUUUUGUGCAUUUUCAAUAAAAUUUUCGCAAGACGACAAUGAAAUUUUGACUGGGUGAGUUAAUUUACUGUAGCAUGCCAGGCGAUUUCAGACUUUUACAAAUUGACAAUUACUAUGAAUUUUAGGAGUUCGAAUUCAAGCGAAAUUAUAACCGAGUUCAAGCCGGGGUUAGGGCUAGGGGUUAGGGCUAGAGUUGGGGAUGAGAAUUGGGUACGAGAUUGGAUGAGGUUGAAAAGGUUUCGGUAUAAAUUUUGUUGCAAGGCCAGAUUUUGGUGGAAAUGCUGGGGCAGGUGGAAAUAUAUUUAGGAGAGGUGCAGCGUCUAGCCCACGGCCCCAUGGAAUGUUAGGACUUAGAAUGUAGCGAUAUCCCCCUUAUUCGAUCACCACAAUAUCCACUUACAAUAUCCCCCUUAUUUGAUCACCAGAUCAAACGACGGUAGUAUUUACAUUUACAACCGAGGCUGUGGAAGGAGAACACUAAGGGUAAGUUUUGUAAGUUAUAGAUGAGUUUGAAUGAGUUGAAUCAAACUUCAUAUGCUGGAUAGCUCCGUCAGUUGUAGACUGUUUUCCCUCAGGCUGCUCCACUUUCUGUUCGGAAUACUCCAGAUUUUUAGAACACAAAAAGAAUCAAACUAAAAAUGGUCAUAUGAGUAGGGGCGAUCAGAACAGUCGUGUGACCGUGUUCAGUUUGAUUCCAUUAGUGUUCCGAAAAUCCAGAGUACUCCGAACAGUAAAUGGAGCAGCCUGCCUAUAGGUGGGUUUCACUCAAGCCUUAUACAUAGGGAAACACUUGGUGGUCAACUUUACACAUCUUGCCGCUUUAUCGCUUGUGGAAGCAAGUAAAUUUUGUUUAAUUGCAUAUAUUUCAUACCAAACACAAGAUCAAUACUUAUAAUGAAUAUUUGACUCGAUCCGAUAAAUGUGUUUCCAUUUGGAGUUGAACACCAAGCGCUAAAAGUGUCACGUGACUGAAACCCAGCUACAGUAUAUGUAAUCUUUCUUCCGUGCUAGAUAGAUGCUCAUUCUGACGACGUCAAUACCGUAUGUUUCUGUGACAACACAUCACAGUUGUUGUUCUCAGGCUCUGAUGAUGGCGUGUGUAAGGUUAGUUUUGAUGAAAUGGGUUAGUGACCUACUGGCUAUAAUUCAUACAGUGACCUACUGGCUAUAAUUCAUCAAAAUUAUGGUGGUCAUUGACAGAAAUCAAACCUGGGGUGCAGCACCAUGCAGUGGGCCUAGAAAUCGAUUGCACGUUUCGGCGGCCUAUAAUAGGAUGGAUCGAUAAUAAAGUUCAACGUAUCUUAAAUUUUGUCAGGUGUGGGACAGACGAACAUUAAAUGAAGAGCGUCCUAAGCCAGUCGGAAUUUUUGCUGGUCAUGCAUGUGGUAUUGCAUGUAUCGACUCCAAGGUUAGUGCAAAAUUAAAACGAAAAUUGAUGAGAGUGGAGAAGGAUUUGCAUGGGAGUUUUGGAGUUGCAUUGAGAGUUGGCGGGAGUUGACUGGAUAUUAUUACGCGCGUAGCAAAACUCUCAUGAACAUACUCUUAUCAAAAUUUGAACCAGCUCAAACUUGACGAGAGUUGAUAAAAGUGUAUGAGAAUUGGCAAGUGAGAGUUUGUAUGACAAUUUUCUCAACUCUCGUAUCAUGGUCAAACGAGAACAAAAAUGAAAUCUCAUGAUGGAAUCUCAAUGAAAUCUAAUGAAAUCUCAUGGAAAUUUGAAGCAGCUAAAAGCUCCUCGUUGCACCGGGGAUUUACUUCUAGGGUCUCCUAUCUCGGUUUCGGGACUUUGUUACUAGGCACGUGAGCUAUCCGAAAAUGUGAAUUGUGUGGCAAGGGAUGUACACAUGCUUUAGCUGAUGAGGUGCAUUAUCUAUUUUCAUUUCAGGGUGAUGGUCGCUAUCUUAUCACCAGCAGUAAAGAUCAGUCAAUAAAGUUGUGGGACAUGAGGAAAUUUUCUGACGCAAAGGGGAAAUGGGUAGGUGUCGAAAAACGUAUAUUCGAUACAGUACAUACAGUAAACAAAAUAUUGUGCUGCGUGAUGUAUUUUACCAUUUCUGCCGGCUUUAUGUAGGUAUUAGGGGGGUUCAGAUUUGAUUUCCGCUACCGCUACCAUUAAGGGACCAUUACCAAUAAGAUGCGUUUAAUCUGCCCGAUUAACCAAUCAGGUGCACACAGAGCAAGUGAGAGGUAGCGGAAGUCAAAUUUGAACCUCUAUUGUUGCGAGAGGUGUCGGUGACACAAUUGUUAAUGCUUACUGGUGCUUACCUUUUACUUCAAUUCCGAAAGAAUUCUCUAGGCAUAAGCAAUGGAUCUAAUUUCUAGACCUUUAGAACUACAACUCUAAUAGCUUCUUACAAUAAACAUAGUUUAGUUUAUGUUCCUUUGUUUAGUAACACUGACCGAUAAGGGUUGGUCCUUACUGGACUUUUGGGGACAACAGUCGAGAACUGGUAGUCAGCUCUCCAGUAUAAAUACGGUUAGUUCAGUUCAGUUUGUUUUUCAGGUGAUAUAAAAAUCGGUUAUAAUUUCAUGUCCAAAACACACUAAAUAUGUAAAUGAAAGAAAUCAAUUAACAUUAACUGAAACCUGACCCCCUGACCAUCACUGAACCUUCAAUAUGAUAACAUGAAAAUUAUAACCUAAAAAUCCUUCUUCUCGGUGUUUCUAGGCGGGAGCACGGGCUGUGGCUACAAACCAGUAUUGGGAUUACAGAUGGGAAGGCCUACCUAAGAAAUGUGAGUUGAUUCACAAUACAAGCUACAGAUUAUACAAGCCCCUUCAUGGUCAUAAUUCCUUUGGGUUUUUUUUCCAUAAAUUAUUAUUUGAAAUUUUUUGCCAGUUCAAAAAGAGGUGAAAUUAAAAGGAGAUGUAUCAGUAAUGACAUAUCGUGGACAUUCACUCCUUAGAUGUCUUAGUCGUGCUUAUUUCUCGCCACUUGAAACUACUGGACAGGUAGGGAUGUUUAAGGAUAUUGCAAAUAUAGAGGGACACUGCUUACUGAAAACUUCCAUCGUUGGCAGAAAUGCCCAUCUACACGAUACGACUAGUCGUAUACGAUUCUUAUUCUGAUGUGUAUGUACUCGACGAGUAAAUGCGUGUAAAGAUGUUACAUUUCAAUAAAUUUUGCCAUAAACCGAUGACAUAGAAAUAAUAGAUGUCUAUUAUUUCUAUGACUUAAGGCUGAGACUCAUCGGACGCGAUUCGACAACGCGGCGCGAUUUUUCAUUUUUUAAAAGUUAAUAAAACAGGAAAGGGAAACUAUUUUAAGGAAAUUUUAAAAGAUAUGUGGACCAAAUAAGGGACCAUUCAUUAUUAUGACCGGGGGUGGGCUGGCAAAAUUCAAUUAACAACUAAACAAAAUGUCCUGCCCCACUCCCUGCAUCACAAAAAAAUUCAAUGACCCCCUUCACUUGAAUUCUAAAAAAUAGUAACCCCCUCUUUGUGCUUACAACAACUAAUAUGCUUGCCUAUUUAACCCAUCAAGCUGCAGAGUUAGGCUGCACCCCCCCCCCCAGCGCCCCCGUUUGCUACGGCCCUGGGUUAGGAGUAGGGUUAGGGUACUACGUCAAUGAACUACAAAGACCGCUAAACAGCUAGUGACUCGGACAUUUGACUCGGGCUCGGAUUUGACUUUCCCUGGACGUAAUGUUGCUACAUCGCUUACUCGUUAAUUAUCUUUUUUACUAAAAUGUACGGUACAUAAUUGAAAUAUGACAAAAAAUUAUGGCAAGUUCAUGGCAAAAGUUAUAAAGGUAGAUGUUCGAUUAGUUUUCAUAUUAGCUGCGCGCAUUGCAUUUUGGGUAUUGUAUUUGUGCAUUGCAUUUUGGGUCUAUCUGUUGAUUAAAAUUGAGAAUUUUCCUGGCUAUACAUGAAUUAAAUUUGCUGUCUGGUCCCUAACUUAAAUAAUGGUCCCUAACUUAAAAUGUUAGAGCGCUUCUAAUUAUUUGGAAAAUGUAUACCAGGACCAAAGUUAUCAGUCAGUGAAAAUCGAAAAAUCGCGCGGCGUUGUCGCGCCCGGUGAACAGGAAUAGUGGCGUCAGCAGUCGUUUUCUUACGCCAGAAUGAGAAUCGUAUACGACUAGUAUCGUGUAAAUAGUUUAAUAUGUUUUCCCUUUAUUUGAUAUUUCAGGAAUAUAUUUACACUGGGAGUGCAGAUGGCUGUGUGUAUAGUAAGUGUUUUGUCGACACUUCCUUAAGUUCUUAACCCAAAUACACUAUUACAGAACCAUCCUCAGAGAAAUUUCCAACACGAUUUCUUAAGUGAGGGGCGGUGUGAUCACCAUCCUUACUUGCAGCUGAGAUAGAAUGCGAAAGCUGAAUUACGAAGGACGCAGCUCAACCUGAUCGAGUCGAAGGCUUUCUAUGGGCGCCUGUGGCUAACGUCUGGUCACCGAGCAUACCUAAAAACGUUGUAACAAACCUGCAGCAGACUUGUAACAAUGUUGUUCCAACAACUUGUCAACAGAAUGUGUUCGCACUGCUUGUUCCCGGGUUGUCGACAAGUUGUCAACGGCUUGUUGACAACUUGCUGCAAGGUUGGUGAGCUCAACAGAUUUGUUACAAGUUGGUUCCGACAACUUGAUUGUUGUCGUCCUGCGAUUCAACAAUUUUUCAACGAGUUGUGAAUGACAAUCUUGAUAAAAUAACACCAUUGUUACAACUUGUUGACAAGAUGCGAGAUUUUUACGUGUGUAAUCCUAUCCCACCCUGUCAACAUUUCCUGUGGAAGGAAACCGGAAUACCCAGAGAAAACUCGUAGAGCGAUGACUGACACAUAAUAUAAUAAAUAUAUGUAAUGUGAAUAAAAAUGUUAACGUCCUUGUUGACAAAAACGUCGCUUGCUUAAGCUCUCUACUAACUAUACGAUACUGUACCGUUAAUCUAUCGUUUUCUCGUGUUGUUUUAAAGUUUAUGAUCUUCACAGUGGCAAACUGGCGAGAAAACUCUACGGACAUGUAUCCUUUAUACGUUUUACUUAGUAUCUCACAGAAUGGAAUCGAUUUGAGUGUUUGUUCUGGGCAAUACACCCUUUCGAUAACUACGUCAUUUGGCCUGGGAGCCUCGCUCUCGUUAAUCGUGCCAAUCACCUUGCGUACUUUACUAAUGAGAGCGAGGCUCCAAGACCAAAAAGUAUGUGUGACGUAAUUAUCGAAAGGGUGUAUUGAAAAUGAAACCUUGACAAAUGUGCAGAAUGGUAUUGUACGAGAUGUAUCGUGGCAUCCUAGCAAGCCUUAUAUCACGAGUUCUUCUGUAAGUAUUAUGACAGUCUACCGACUUUGACCAAAGCGAUGGGGGAUGAUAUAUUAUAUGAAUAUCCGAAAAGUGAGGGGUUGCCCCCCGUCCCUCAGGAUUUACACUCUUGCUUACAGAUCUUGUUGCACGAUAUAUCCACUGGCGUUGUGGGGCUAAUUGUUUUUCUUGGGGUUAUUUUUCACCGUUGUUCAAGGCGAAAGUUAACAUUUACCAUGGUAUCCAGUAAUACGUAAUUCAAGCGUUUUUAAUGCAUAGCUAGGCAUGGAACAAGUUAAAUUUGGCCAUAUUUAUUAUUGUGAAACUCAUUAAUAAUUCACGAGAAAACACAAAACCGUGAAGGAGUUUGUAUAUGUGAUAACAGAAUCAUGCUGAUUUACAAAUAAUAUUACAUCUCCCGCCUGCGCUCCUUCGCCCAGCGGCUCCGCUCGUGUUCCAAGAUCCGCCAUGUAAAGUUUAGUGAAAUGUAUCUCAAAUCUAAUCGUAAUCCUAGCCAACAGAAUCCUCUGCGGAGGAGAGAGACAUAUAUUAGGUAAAAACAUUUGGUAAUUAAUAUUGUAAUAAAAAAUAUCACAUUCAUGGCUUUCAAAAUAAGCCGGCGCCACGAGGUUCACCGCCGGUACUUUAUUUAGUACUUGAAAUAUCAAUCUGCUCUCCUUCCUCCACUCUAAACUUUCAAAUAAAGUUAUUUUUCCUCAACCUCGUCUACUUCAGUUAUCUUGUUGAAGGUUGAAAGUAGUGAUACAUUAUAAUUUGGUUACAGAGCUCAGUUGUGUUGCUAUCUAAUCAAUAUACAAGUACUUAUCAGGUCUAGUUAAUUUGGAUGACUUUGUCAACACAGCCACCUACUCCGAAUAAUUCUGAAAGCCCUGUACACUUCUCGAUUAAAUAUUGGUUGGUCUGUUUCUAGUGGGACUGUACAGUGAAGUGUUGGCAAUAUACUCGAGACAAAGACGAAAUUGAAAGAUCUGAGAAAGAAAUAGCGCAAGAGAAGUUGGAGAAACAAACGAAGAGACCUAAAUGGCAUCCUAAAUCUGUCUUUUUAUAUGAUUUUUGAGAUCAAUUGUAAAAUGUAAGUUAUAUACCUGCGCCAUAGAAAUAGUUUUCCCUUUGCAAAUAUAUAUAUUAUAGUGGCAGUCACGAUUCAACGUCCCAUUGUCCAUGAUCCAUGUUUUAAAUUUUAUGCAAAGAUUUAAUCUUGAAAUCGAGACAAACGCCUUUUAAACUUUAAAUUAUUUAAAUGACCAUUAUUAUAGUAUGGUCAGCACUUGUUUCCAUUUACCAAGCUGACGUUAGUGACGUGACGUCAAGAUGGAAGAGGUGUUAAAUGGCUAUGUAACUAAUCCAAACUCUAAGUCUAAUUCCUAACCCCAACCCUGACUCUAACCCUAACCCUAACCCUAACCAAAAUAAUACAAUAAAUCCAAAAAGAAUCGACGUUAGUAAUUGAUCAAAUGACGUAACGUCAGUUUGAUGGUUGGAAACGAGUGAAAACAUAUUGACAUAGAUUACAGAAACUUACGUACUAUUUAAAACACGAGUAGGAGUGUUUUAUCAGAUAUAUAACGCGAGGCGCAGCCGAGCGUUAUAUAUCUGAUAAAACACGACAACGAGUGUUUUGAAUAGCUUAAAAUACGACUACAAAAGAAUACUAAUUAGGAUGAACCAUAGUAUAAUCAUGCUAAUUAAGAUGAACAAUUAUAUAAUGCCACAUGUGUUUUAUCAGAUAUAAAGUCACUCCACGUGACAUAUUAUGGCUGACAUGAUUUGCCACAAGGUUUAUGAAUUAUUAAUGAGUAUUUUAAGUUUGUAUAUGCUCUUGUUCACCCAGGUUGAUGAUCUUGGCAAGAUCUUACCAUGAUCUUACCAUGAUCUUGCCCAGGGCUGGAAAAAAUAAUUUUCUUCCUGGGAGCACAACCUGGAUCUUAAGAUUUCCUGCACAUGCACCAACUGAGUUAUUUGUGCUGAAACUGCAUGUGCAUAAACAUAGAGUACCCUUUAGCUAGCAGACUAUUGUUUUCAACGAAAGUAAAAAUGCCUGACAACCAUGAGUUUUUGCUCCCAUAGUGGUUCUUCCAUGUUAGAGUUUCCUUCAAAUUUCCUGCAGCUGUUUAACAUUCCCUGCGAGCGGUGCUCGUAUGCUCGCCUAUUUUUUCCACCCCAGAUCUUGCCAUAAUCUUACCAUGAUCUUACAAAGAUCUUGUAUAAAUCCUGCAAGUUCUUUGUAAGAUCCUGCAACAUCUUGCCAUGAUCUUACGAAGAUCUUGCCAUGAUCGUACCAUGAUCUUACGAAGAACUUGCCAUGAUCUUACGAAGAUCUUGCCAUGAUCUUACGAAGAUCUUACGAAGAACUUGCCAUGAUAUUUCCAUGAUCUUACGAAGAUCUUGCCGUGAUCUUACGAAGAUCUUGCUGUCAAUUCUGCUUAAAUCCUGCAGGAUCUAGCCAUGAUAUCGUUAUGAUCUUGCAGUGAUAUUGCCAUGUCCCUGCCAUAAUUUUGCCAAAAAUCCUGCAGGUUCUCAAAAUCCAGCCAUGUAUGAUUACGAUCUAGUAGCUGUUUUAUGUAAAGAUAUUGUAGCUAAGUGCAUAGUUGCAGAGACUAACGAACCUUUUGUGGAUGCAUAUAUCACUACUGUUAAUGAUAUUAAUUGUACAUAGCAAGAAAUGUACGUAACUUGCAUAAUUAUUGAAAAAAGUAUAUUAAUUUUGGAACGGUUACAAUAAAAUAUAGAUAAUUGUUUUCUUUAUUUUAGUUAUAAAUAUUGUUAAUAACUUCACAUUUUAAUAGCACAGCAAGGUCUUCAAAUAUCAUGAUUGGUUGACUCUUAGCCAGUUUUACUCUAGCUUUUAGUCAGUUACUUUGUCAGUGACUUAUGAGAAAGCCCUGCAAAAAUUUCAGCACGGUCCUUCCACGAUUGUUUAAAGACUAUGGCAUGGUCUUAAAGAAUCAUCAGGCUGGCAAGAUCUUGACAAGAUUGCGGUGACAAGGUUAUGGUAAAAUCAUGGCUAGAUCUUGUGCAGGGGUGAAACUAGAGCGUUAAUUUGGGGGGUGGGGUGUAAGUAUUCAUAUAUUCCUGAUCUGUCCAACUAAUUUCUUUUUAAAUCAGUUGUUUUUAAUGAAUAUUCACCCCCCCCCCCACACACACUAAUUAACGCUCUGAUCUUGUGGAAAUCUUGACACGAUCAUGCCAAGAUCUUGAAAGACAGAUUAUAGUAAAAUCAUGGCAAGAUCUUGUGGAAAUCUUGACAAAGUCAUGCCAACCAAGAUCUUGAAGGGUCACGGCAAGAUCCUGGCAAGAUUGUAACAAGAUCAUAGAUUUAGAAAUGAUCAUGGCACGAUCUUGAUCGAUCAUGGCAAGAUAUUGAUCGAUCAUGGCAAGAUAUUGAACUAUCACGGCAAGAUCUUGACAACAUUAUAGUAAAAUCAUGGCAAGAUCUUGUGGAAAUCUUGAAAUGAUCAUGGCAAGAUCUAGAAAGAUCAUGGCAAGUUCUAGAAAGAUCAUGGCAAGAUCUUGACAAAAGUGUACUUUAAAUUUGUUUUUAAAAUAUAUCAAGAUCUUGGCAAGAAAAUAAGAAAUUCUUGCCAAGAUCAUAGCAAGAUCUUGCCAAGAUAAUUUCUUGACAAGAUCUUUGCAUGAUUUCACAAGACCUUACAAGAUCCUGUAAGAUCUUACAAGAUCCUGGCAAGAUAUUCAACCUGGGCAGUGAUAUUUGUAUAUUAACA